AUGGCAAAAGUGUUCGGUUGGUCAGACAUCCACAUGGUAGUUUUCGCGAACGAACUGCUCACAGGCGCCGCUAAAUCUUUCGUACGAUAUGAACGAGGCAUGAAGUCCUGGGUAAAGCUAAGAAAGGCACUAAAAGACGAGUUUGAAGAUGUAGUAAGUGACCAACAGAUACACCAGGAGUUGGCGAAUAGAACGAAGAGACCAGAUGAGAGUCUGCAGCGAUACAUAAAUAGUAUGCGUGAGAUUGCGGGACAAGAAAGAGUCGAUAUACAGUCGCAAAUCGGCUAUAUUAUUCAAGGCAUUCCCGACGAGGUCGCAAAUAAGGCUGUAUUGUAUAGAGCUAAGAACAUGCAACAGCUGAAAGAACGCUUGAAGCAAUAUAAAGAGAUGAAGAGGGAUACGAAGGCGGAAACAAAAUUUCGGGAAUGCAAGGACGAUAUGGGAAGACGAUCGGAAGUGCGAGAUCAGUCGGAGCAAAGAGUUAAUGACAAAAGCUGUUUCAAUUGUGUCAGUGCGGAUUAUUUGAGUGCUAAGUGUCCGGAGAAAGAAAAAGGUGCUAAAUGCUUUAAAUGCAACGAAGUUGGACAUAUGACGGCGAGAUGUACAGUGCGACCAAAAAAGACUGACUUCAUUUCAAGACCCGAGGAGAAGGAAUAUGUGAAAGAGGUGUCGAUAGAUGACUGUAAAUUUAUAUCGGUAGUGGAUACGGGUAGCGAUCUCACACUUAUACGAUCAAACGGGUAUGCGAAGUUAGGAUCACCACCUCUAGCUAAUUCUAAGCUUAAGUUUAAAGGUUUGGGUUCGACUGAUAAUGAGACCUGUGGCGAGGUGACCUCUUUACGACUUGACGAUCAGACUGACGGUUACGAAGAGGCGCCGAAUAUAUUGAAAGUCAAUACAGUAGAACAGACCGACGAGACAGAUGUAUCACACGCACAGGAACCGCAUUACCGUGAAGCGAUUCGCGAUAUCAUUAGGGGGUAUAAGCCGAAGAAGACGCGGGACGCCGGAGUAACUUCAAAAAGCGUAUCGAAAAGCGACAAACCCGUAGCAUGAAGACCGCGAAGACUGGCGCCGUCUGAAAAAGGGGAAGUGGACGAUUUGAUGGAGCUGUGGACAAACGAAGGCGUCGUUAAACCAUCAGACUCGGAGUAUGCAAGUCCUAUAAUUGUAGUCCGAAAGAAAGAUAGCUCCGUCAGGG